UGACGCUCAGGAUCAUGAAUCCACUGAUCAAACCUCUGACUGUAACACUGGAGAACAGCAGAUGCUGCAGACGCCGCUGAAGAUGUGCUCCGUCAAACUGGUGGACUGCAGGAACCUGAUCGAGAGCAGAGGAGAAGAAAACCACCGCAGAGAAAGAACAACAACACACUGAUGAGGAAGAGCAGGAGGAUGAUGAGAAUAAUGAGGAUGAUGAUGGUGACUUUGUUCCUUCAGAUGACAGCGCUGGUUCAUCUUCUGAUGGAGAAAAUGCGUCUACAUCCAAAGAGCAAAGGACAGUGACGGAGUGUGUAGAAACAUUCAGCAAACACAGUCAUUUAGCAACACAUGAGAGAAAACACACAGAACAGAAUGACUACAGCUGCAAGAUAUGCAACAUCAGCUUUCCGACCUACAAAGAGAGGAAACAUCAUGCAAAGGAGCACAGUGUGAAGAAGGAGUUUCGCUGUGAACAGUGCGGGAAGGAUUUCUUCACCACUCCUUAUAAUAUGAGAGCUCAUAUAAAGACACACGAAGAAAAGUCUCUUCAGUGCAAUGAAUGUAACAAGUUUUUCCGCAACAAACGAGAUCUUUCAAGUCAUAUGAGAAUUCACACGGGUGACAAACCGUACAAGUGCCCUCACUGUGAGAAGAGUUUCAGCCAGGCAUCACAUCUGAAGAGACAUCUACUCACACAUAGCGAUGAGAGACCGUAUCAGUGCAGUGAAUGUGGAAAACCUUUUAGAAGCUCAGAUUCUCUAAAGAUACACCAAAAAAUGCACUCUGAUGAGAAACCGUAUCAGUGUUCACACUGUGAGAAGAGCUUCAAACAUGGAAGCAGUUUGAGGAACCAUGUAUUAAUGCACAGCAAUGAGAGACCGUAUCAAUGCAGUCAAUGUGAGAAAACUUUUAUUAGCUCAGCUACUCUAAAGGCACAUCAAAAAGUGCACUCUGAUGACAAACCGUAUCAGUGUUCACACUGUGAGAAACGUUUCUAUCAUUCGACUCACCGGAAAACCCAUGAGAGGAUUCACACUGGAGAGAAACCGUACCUGUGCUCCGACUGCGGGAAGAGCUUUGCUAGUCCAUUUGCUUUCAAAGUUCAUCAGAGAAGUCACACGGGAGAAAGACCGUAUCCCUGUAGUGAUUGUGGGAAGAGUUUCUAUAAGCUAAGUGACGUAAAAAUACACCGGAGGACUCAUACAGGAGAAAAACCUUUUAAAUGCUCACACUGUGAGAAGACUUUCCCUAUAUCAACUUCCCUGAAGACCCAUGAACGAAUGCAUACAGGAGAGAAACCUUAUCGAUGCUCCAUCUGCGGAGAGAGAUUCGCUCAUAAAUGGUGUUUUCAGACCCACAAGAAGAAACACGCUAGCCUAGAAUCAUCAUAGCUUCAACCUUAAUCAGUAAUUAGCAGGGGUGGACUGGUCAUUUGGAGGUUCUGGAGAAGUCCAGAAAUGACUCUGUCACAAAGGAGGGUGGGCUCAUGAUGGCAAGCAAAAGAUGUAAAGAUAAAGGUGGUUGGGAGAAGCUAAAAGGCCUAUAGCACUGUAGUAAAAUCCCAGGACACCCCUAGUCUGAGAAUCCGCUGCUAUUUAUCACUCCGCAUUGUCUGGCAUGGAUUUCCAUUCAUUCAUAAAGAGACAGCAGCGAUUCUACAGCGGGUUACAUUUGAGUGCUAUUGAGUUAGAAAACAGAGUAAAUGAAGUAGUAGCCUAUAAGGUGAUUGGUCUGAUUAACAUGACACACACACACACACACAUACGAAUACUCAAAUUUAAGAAUUCUGUUGUUUCAGCUUUCUCGAUUCAUAAUUUGUAACGGUUUUACUGGUUGUAAUGAAAAUUGUAUUGGUUUUAAUGGAAACUGUAAUGGCGCCUGUUGGUCUCUGCUGGUAAUUGGUCACCUUCUAUUCAUGGCUUUUGUUAAAGACACUAAAUUCUAAUGUAAUAUGUCCCAAAACACGCUACAGGAAACCAUUAUUUAAUGAUUAAAAGUUGAUGGUUUGUAAUAUUUGUAAUGUUAUUUGUAGUGGAAAUCGUACAAUUUCUGUGAUAGUUUCUAUUGUUUUUGUCAGCAGGGACAUCAUGGGUUUUGUGAUGUUAUUUGCCAUAAAUGCGAUAGGAUUGCUAUAAUAUUGUGAGAUAGUAGUGACUGUUUGUAGCUGUGGUGGUUCCAUUUGGGAAAAAAUCCAGUGCCACGUUUCAUUCCCAGUCCGUCCCUAAUUAGUUGUAGUAAGUUUUUUUUUAUAAAGUAAAAAACAAACAAACAAACAAACAAAAACCUUGCAGUGUUACAGGAACAUUAUUUUGUGG